AUGGGGUUGGACAAUGACACUCGAGGGUGGGUCAUGGCGGCGGUAAGCGGGAUAGCAUCGAUAAUUUGUGUCGACCUCAUCAUCCGCCAAUUUCCAGGGAAAAGAAAUUUUAAAAUCGAACACAGUAACCAUUUCCUUUCUUCAGGAUUGAGUUUAUCUUUUGGAGUUAUGAUAUUUUCUUCUCUGUACAGCAUGUUGCCAUCCGCGAGGAGUUACUUGCAGAAGGGAGGAAUGAAACCCAAACAAGCAAGCUUUGCGCUGAUUGGAUGCUUUUUGAUUGGCGCGCUGGGAAUCUCAGUUUUGUCUCGGAUUCUCCAUCACUAUAUUCCGCAUUCGGUCGUGGAUUGUGAUCACGAUCAUGGAGACGAAGAAGAGGGGACCAAGGAACCAGUGGACAGAGAGCCUGCAGGUGGGUAUCAUGAUUUGGUGCAAAAUCUUCCAGAGGACCAGCAAAGGACUACGCUUGCUUUUGAUGGGAGUGGCCCAGAAGCAGAAAGGCAGCCGCUUGUCCCUGGAUAUGGGACCAUAAACCAGCACCCACAGUCAAGGCUAUCAGCAAGACGCCCAUCGCUACAAACACAGAUUUCAACCAAGGUCUCCCAACUCGUCUCUGGCUCCAAAGAAUUUUGUGAUAUGCAUGGGCAGUGUUUUGGCUACUCGGACCCAUGCGGCCAGGAGUGCUUCAAGAUUGUUCAACACGCACGGGAUGUUGGCUCGCGAACAUACCCAAGCAGGAAGCCGCCAACUCGGCCAUCAGGCAACAGAUCAGUCACGAUGCCACACGAACGUCUGGCUCUUCCAGAAGAAGGCGCCGAGUACUCAGCUCUCACACCCACGCAAUCCGAUCCUCCCACCGUGGGAAACUCCCUAGAAACCCAACCCCUAAUAAACAGCAACGGCUACAGCCACCCUCUUCGCAAACAACCCUCCCAUCAUUCCCUCGACUCCUCCGUCCGCUCCCACGACUCGCACCACCACCAUCACCACGUUCCGACCAAUGUCUUCCUCUCCAUAGGCCUCCAAACCAGCAUCGCAAUCGCUCUCCACAAACUCCCAGAAGGCUUUAUAACAUAUGCAACCAACCAUGCCAACCCAUCUCUCGGCUUUUCUGUCUUCCUCGCCCUCUUCGUGCACAAUAUCACCGAAGGAUUUGCAAUGGCUUUACCGCUAUAUCUCGCUAUCAACUCUCGCUGGAAGGCUAUGUUCUGGUCCGCAAUCCUCGGCGGCAUCAGUCAGCCGCUGGGAGCGGGGAUCGCGGCGCUGUGGUUCAAGAUUGCAGGGAGGAAAGAGGGGGGAGAGGAACCGGGGGAAACCGCUUAUGGAGCCAUGUUUGCUAUUACGGCAGGGAUCAUGGCGAUGGUGGGCUUGCAGUUAUUUGGGGAGAGUUUGGAGUUGACACAUUCAAGGAAAUUAUGCUUUGCGAGUGCUUUUGUGGGCAUGGGGAUUUUGGGAUUGAGUUCGGCGUUGACGGCUUAG